AUGGCGAAUCGAUCGGAGGAAGCCGAAGACGAGAACGAUUCACGGCGAAAUCAGCAAGACAAGAAGAGAGAAGGAGUUUUAGAUCUGGUGUUGAAACGGCCUUUACGGUGGCUAAGAAUGCUCAUUGAAGAGCUUCACUGGAGCUUCUUCUUCGGUGUGAUUGUCGUCUACGGCGUUAGCCAAGGACUUGGUAAAGGUCUCAGCAAAGUCAGCACGCAGUACUACUUGAAAGACGAGCAAAUGGUACAACCUUCUGAAGCUCAGGUUUACGUUGGCUUGAUUCAGAUUCCUUGGAUCAUCAAACCAAUCUGGGGAUUGUUGACCGAUGUUGUUCCGAUUCUCGGUUACAGAAGACGACCUUACUUCAUAUUCGCCGGCGUUCUUGCUACGAUCUCCAUGAUGGUGUUGUGGCUGCACACGAAUCUGCAUCUUGCUCUAGCUUUGUCCUGUCUUGUGGCAGCAAGUGCUGGAGUUGCUAUAGCUGAUGUAACCAUUGAUGCUUGUGUAACGCAGUGUAGCAUAAGCCAUCCUACGCUUGCUGCGGAUUUGCAAAGCUUCUGUGGUUUGAGUUCGUCUAUUGGUUCUUUGGUUGGUUUCUCUCUUAGCGGCGUUUUGGUGCAUUGGUUUGGAGCCAAGGGUGUGUAUGGUUUACUCGGUUUGACUGCAGGAUUGGUUGUUGUGGUUGGGAUGCUUCUGAAAGAAUCUCCUACUCGGAACCUAGGUCGCAAGCAUGUGAAUGAGAAGUUUGUAGAUGCUGGAAGCAAAAUAUGGAAAACGUUUCAGUAUGGUGAAGUGUGGAGACCAUGCUUGUUCAUGCUCUUGUCAGCUUCAGUGAGCUUGCACAUGCAUGAAGGCAUGUUCUAUUGGUACACUGACUCAAAAGAUGGACCUUCCUUCUCAAAGGAGGCAGUUGGAUCCAUUUUGUCUUUUGGUGCAAUUGGCUCACUGGUGGGGAUACUUCUCUAUCAGAACUUUCUCAAGAACUUCCCUUUCCGGAAUGUAGUCUUCUGGGCACUUUCUCUAUCUGUCCUCUCAGGAUUUCUGGAUUUGAUUUUGGUGCUGCGGAUAAACCUGAAGCUCGGUGUUCCUGAUUACUUCUUCAUAGUGGUGGACGAGUUUGUUUCACACAUGAUCAGUAGAAUCAAGUGGUUACCUUUACUUGUUCUCAGCUCCAAGCUCUGCCCUGCUGGUAUGGAAGGCACUUUCUUUGCCUUGCUCAUGUCGAUUGAACAUGUUGGACACUUGAUGUCGUCAUGGGGGGGAGGAGUAUUACUUCGUUCCCUGAAUGUUACACGUACUCAGUUUGAUAAUCUCUGGUUGGUCAUUGUGAUCAGAAGUUUGUUGAGGGUGGUUCCAAUUGGAUUGGUCUUUUUAAUACCAAAUGUUGAUCCUAACUCAACCAUUCUUCCGGCUGAGAUGUUAAUGAACCAAAGAAACGAAGCUGAGAAGAUAGAGAUGACUGCUCUGAUAAGUAAUGAAGCCUGA